AUGUCCAAGCUUCAAGUCGCAAUCGCAGGCCUCGGCCGUAUGGGUGCCCGCCACGCCCUGCAUUUCAAUAAUCUCACCCCUCGCGCCCAGGUCAUUGCGGUCUCGUCUCCCAAGCCGGAAGAACUCGAAUGGGCCAAGCAGAACCUUGAGGGCGCCCGGACCUACCUCGACUACGAUGAGAUGCUGCGCUCUGAGCCAUCGCUGCAGGCGGUCGUUGUCGCAUCGGCCACUAGUGUUCAUGCUGAGCAGGCGAUCAAAGCUAUUAACAAGGGCUUGCACGUUCUUUGUGAGAAGCCAUUGAGUACCAGAGUGGAGGAGAGCCAAGCCGUAGUCGACGCUUACCGCACCUCGCAAAAGACCAACCCCUCGCAAAAGGUCGUCUGCGGGUUCAGUCGCCGCUUCGAUUCCUCCUACCGCGAUGCAUUCGAUAAGAUGAAGUCCGGUCUUAUCGGUCGCCCGAGCGUCUUCCGUUCACAGACAUGCGACAAACUCGAUCCCAGCGGAUUCUUCGUUGAAUACGCGCAAUUCUCUGGUGGUAUCUUCGUCGACUGCUCGAUCCAUGAUAUUGACCUGGCGUUGUGGUUCUUUGGCGAGGACUCGGUUGUCAAGUCUGUUACUGCGAUUGGUAUCACGGCUGUGUCGCCGGAGCUGCGCAAGUACAAUGACCGGGAUAAUGCGCUGGGAAUCGUCGAGUUCUAUGAUGGCCGUAUUGCCCAAUUGUUCUGCAGUCGGAUGAUGGCCGCUGGUCAAGAAGACUCCACCGAAAUCACCGGUACUGCUGGUAAGCUCGCCGUCAACACCCAACCAGCCUCGAACCUCGUCAACAUCUAUGAGCCUAGCGGUAUCCGUCGUGAAAUUCCUCCUCACUAUUACGGCCGCUUCCGGGAGGCAUUCAUCACCGAAGCCAACGAGUUCACCGCAAGCUGCUUGGACGACACGCCACCGCCGAUGCGCUUGGAGGGAGCCGUGGCUGCUGUGCGGAUUGGGUGUGCGUUGCAGGAGAGCUUGAUUACGGGGAAGAAGAUUGAGUUUGACGAGAAAGGCGAACGUAUUGUUCAGGCGAAGCUUUAG